AUGCCGCCCGAACAGACGGAUCCUCUGGCCGGACUUGAUUCCAUCGACUGGUCUCAGCUCAGCCAUGCCUACGGCCUGGCUGAUGACGUACCAAGUCUUCUAAAGGAUCUUCAAUCAACGGAUCCCGAAGCCCACAAGGCAGCAUUUAAUAAAUGUUGGUCCAACAUCUAUCACCAAGGCUCACGCUACAGUGCUUCAGUUGAGGCAGUUCCAUUCCUGUAUGCUUUAAUUGAUACCCCAGGAACCAAGGAUCGCGAAAGCCUGUUGUACUUGAUGACAAGUCUGGCAAUCGGUCAUCCGGACUGGGUGGUACCUAAUGGCAUCGAUAUCCAAAACUGGGAAAAGAGCAUCGCGGAGAUAGAGAAGCCUGAAUACCGUGAUCAAGCGACGCAAGGGUUCAGGACCUACGAGGCGGUCGAGCGGGGACUAUCUUCGAUCAUACACUGCUUGGAUGAGGACUCAGCAAGCAUGCGAGCCAAUGCAGCUCAUGCUUUGGCAUUCUUCCCACGUCAAUCGACCACAUCUAGAGUAGCGCUCCUCAACCGCCUGCGCGAAGAGACGAACAAUAAUGUUAGCGCAACGAUUAUACUAUCGCUUGCUGUCUUGUUCGCUCGGAGAGACGAUGAUACAGAGAAGCGGGAUCUUUUCCAGAAUAUCCAGGAGUAUCACUCGGCUUCACCUGUUCGAAAAGCAUCUGACGAUAUCAUCGAAUGGUCUUUCGCUGUUGCGCUCUUUAUUCUAGGUUCAAGGGAAGAUGGAUUGGCUUAA